CCUCGGUACAUACGUGGUAGGAUAAUUAUUAUAUUGGUUUGGGAAAUUAAGGAGAAAAUUAAAGGGUUAUUACUUAUUAAUUAUAUGGGUUGAUCGAGAACGACGAGAAGGCCAGGCAAGGAAGCUAGCUAGCUAGUACUUGAAUUGUUUCAUGAUGGAGUGGUCUCCCCAACAAGCCAUGAAAGCUUACAUCAACACUCUUCACUUGUCCAAAGUGAUGAAUAAGCAAGGAUGCAACAUGGGAUGGGCUUCAAAGGCGCCCAAUAUUGUGGAGCCGGAGUGCAUGGAACUGAUAUCAGCAUUGGCAGCCGGAAACAAGGCGAAGGUGAUGGUAGAGAUCACUUCCGGCGGACUAACUCCGUUUACAGUGGCCUUGGCGGUGGCGGCAAAGCAGACGGGAGGCCGUGUGGUACCGCACAAGGACAGUGCUGAUGACGACGACUGCAAUAAUUCCACCAAGCGUGUAGCAAGUGGCGCUGCAGGCAAGAAUGAGAGGCGGCGGCUGAGAGAUGUGGUGGCAAGUGAAGGGGUGUUGACGAGCGUUGACUUCUUGGUUGUGGACAGCAAGGCCGCCGGAGAGAUGAAGGUGGAGGUGAACAGUAAGGGGUGUGUGGUGGUGGCGACCAAUCUGCCGCAGCCUCAGCGGCUUCAUGAGAGGAGCAGCAGAGGUUGUAGUCUAAAACUGGGAUAAAGAAGGAAAUAUAAACUGAAAGCUUAAGCAUAAACGAGCUAAUAAUAAGCUGCUGUAUCAAAAUCAUAUAUUUCAUUGAAGUAACAAGGCUAUAUAUAGCCAUAAUAAUGUUAAACAAAGUGAUCCACUAAUGACUCAACUAACUCCUAUUAUU